AUGUUGGACGUUCUAUGGAUCGCCCUGAUCGGGACGGGCGCAUUCGUAGUGCUCCUUACUGUUGGUUUCCUGGUUCACGGUAGAAUCGUCAGGAAGCGGCACCAACAGCAUCUGGAUAGCUUGAACCAGGACCUGCAAGCAUAUCACCGAACGCGACUUUCCGCCUACGACACUAACUACGCACACGUUGGGCCACCUCAGACGAAUCCCCGGAGUAGCCAAGAAGUCCAGCAGAUUCACUCAGAAUGGUCCGCCCUCGGAUCACAGGACCAUCUCGAAGAAGAGGCGGCGGUGGAAGCUGCCUCCGCGCGACCCGAUACAAAUCCAAUGCCGCCCAAAUCGAAGCGCAAAAAGAGCCUGCGCGAUUCAAUAUAUGGUCACUCCGGAAGCAACGCCCCAAAGACGAGGCGACAGAAGAAGAUCGACAAUACGAUAGCCCUGAAAGCCAUGAACCGAUCGCCGUUAUCUGCCAUUACCGAGUUGACCGACUCGACGGCACCCUUGAAUGAACUGCCGAUGCCUGUCGAACUGCCAACAGAACCUACACCGAAACUGCCAGCAGCCGAGAAUGAGCCUCUUGUGUCCCCUAUCCACUCAAGGGUCGGAGAGUCCUUUCCUAGCACCAAGAAGCGCCCUCCACCCUUGAGUCCCGUCGAGAUUGACACGCCUAUAUCACUGAAGAGGGAAUCGAGCUUCGGGCAGUCACAAGAGCCCCAACUCUCGCCCGGCAUGGCUUCCGUGUCCGAAGCACCAGAUAGUCCACUGCCGCCGCUACCAACUUUUGAGAGCUGCAAAGCCUCAGGUCCGAGGCGAAGCUCACAAGUAUCCACGCUUACGGUUGACAGCUCCGUGUUGGGCUUCCCAUCUCCGUCGGAGCUCAGUCUUCCCCAAGUGAACUCGGGCAUGCAGGAGUUCGAUUUCGGUUUCAACAGGUCGAAGCCACCUCUUGCCCCAUCGCCAGGCAGGCCUCCAUUCUGGCACAGUGGUGGUCUCGGUGUCCCCUCCGUAGUCCCGACCUUCGAGUACCACAGUCGCGAGACAAGUGCAGCGCCGGAGGGUCGAGUCUCUGCGCUGAAAACAGGAUCUGGCACAGAUGUUACUGCCUGGAGUCCUGGACCAGACUUCUUUUUCGGCUCUCAGUAUUCUAGCCCUGCGCAGCAUCGACAUUCGAUCCAGGGUCCCCGCCUUUCGAAACGUAGCCACGAAGUCAUGAGAGAAGGUCGACAAAUAGGCGGUAACGUGUCGCCUACCGCCCUGAGACCGCGCCCUGCCUCGAUUGCAAGCAGCAAGCCGUUUCGGGACAACCAACCCAUCCGUUCUGUCAGUAGGGGUCACCGCCGCCAGAAUUGCGUACGCAUCAGCAUCCCUGUCGUGCCACCUUCCCGUAUGAAUAGUCCCAACGCGCGCAGCCGCCGGCCGUCCGAUAUUUCCGAAGCCUCCGAAGAUAGUGACGAGGACGGUUCUGCAUUACCGAACAAAGUACAAGUCGUGGACGUCAGCCCGAAGGAGUCGCCCGAUACUCGUCCUCGCGUGCAGACUCGGCGCUCCAUAGUCGACGAGAACGGAUCUCCAAUCAUCUCCUCCGUUGCCAACCGUUCUACGCUUGCCUCCUCGCAACAAAAGCGUAGCCCUUCCCCGACCCAUAGCUCUCCCAGCGAUGAACGCCGCGAAUUCGAGGACUUGUGGACGCAGCCCGGAAAUACUAGCGAGGAUUAUUCAACGCCCGACCUCUUCGCGAACCCAUCUAGCUGGGCUUUGAGCCCUACUCCAACAAGCGCGAGGACACUGGGCGGCCCAUUCAAGUCCAGCGUCUUCGAGCACCCUAACAGCGAGAACUCAUCGCCUAUCCUACCUUCGCCAUGCAAACCAGCGCCAGUGGUCGCUUCUGCUGCGGCUGACACGACAGGACCAACGACCGCCCGUCCUCUCGGACCGCGACAGGCCCCCGCUUUCCCAUCCACAAACGUGAACUUGCAUCGCUCGCUUUCAAAGAUCUCCUCCCCGGCCACCUCACCCAAAACUAUGGGCCCAGUAAGAGACUCCCACGAUCGCCGACGUUCGUCUACCACCCUCCCCAAUCCCACGACCGUGCAAUCAGACGAUCAAGUGAGCGACCUCCGCCAGUCUGUGACUUUACUCCGCAGUCUCGACUCCAACGGACGACUCCUCAACACAAACUCCAGGCUCUGGGGUCCCGAAGGUACGCCCAAGUUCCAGACCGAGGCGCAAAAUCACGAAGACUGGAAACAGCUCAACGCACUAUGGGAGGUCAGCAGGACUAACAGUGUGGCCUCGGUGAGCACCCGCGCCACGCCUGUCAUCCAUACACGCAACAACAGCACGGCAGGUACCGGCAGCGCUAUGCACUCGAGGAUGUCCAGUAUGGGGCCAGGAGGCAGCAUGUUCGGUAGCACCAAGCGCAAGAUGAACAGGCCGCAGUCCCACAAACGGGAUUUCAGUAUAAGCAACACACUGCCGCCUAUCGCCAGCCGUCCUCGUUCAAGCCUCCUCAACAACAACGGCUCCCCUUCCCGCGACUCCCAGUACAGUCUCGGCGGCGUCUCCAUUUGGGAAGACGACAGCAUCCAUGGCGACUCGCCCGAGCCAGCCUCCGGACAGGCAAGCCGACGGGGCUCUGUGGCUAUCCCGCCGCGGCUGGAGUCGCUCCCUCAGCAGCCUGUUCAACCGCAGGCGGCGCUGCAGCAACAGGAGCAGCUGGGGAGGACGAAGCAGAGACACCCGCAGCAGCCCAUAGGCCUGGGCAUUAUUAUACCGCCACUGGCGUACAAACCUCCAUCGCAGCCGCUGGGUCCUAGUCCGACGCAGAAGGAGCUCAUGACGCGGUAUUUCGGCGAUGUGGAUUGGAGCACAGGGGACGUACCGACGGAGAACCUCGCUGUCCUACCUACGCCCACCUCUCCUACGCCACUCGUGAGUCCUAUAUCUGCCAAGCCGGUGUCUGGCCCAGGACGUGUCUCCAUGAAUCGCGUCCAUCGGCGUGGACGGAGUGACGACAAGGCCGUGACGGCAGAGGUGCUGAAGGAGCUCGAGCUGCAGCUCAAACUAGACGAGGCGCCUCCGACGCCCCCAUCAGAGCCUCACCCAGCGCAGACGCAGACCUUCGCCCAGUACAGCCGUGGCUGGGCCUUUCCAAUGCCGGGCUCCGGAUCGCGACCUGGGAGUCGGGGUCAGGAUCAGGGUCAGGCGCAGAAGCGGAAGGUCAGCCCUGCGCAGCAGCGCUUGAAGGAUGACUUGAGGGAGCGCGCCGCACGGGUCACGUCUGGAAUGGCAGCACCGGGUCCCCAACGGGGUGCUGGUGGCGCGGGAGGACCGGUGAUCGGAUUCGCGACGCCACCACCACCACAACAACAACAACAACCGAGAGAGCAGCUGAAGCAAGGACCACAGCAGCAGCAGCAGGGAUGGAGGCCGAGAACGAGGCGCGAGGAUAGCUUGAGGAGUCCACUUUCGGCCGCAGGAAGUCUGUGCAGUACAAAUUCUGGUGUGGACGGCGCGCUUGGGCGUGGCGGUAGCAGCAGCGUGAUCAGUAUGAUUGCGAGUGCGGGCGCGAGCGUGGACCCAGGCGUGGGCACAGGCGCAGGGAGCGAAAGCGUGCGGACGACGAAGAGCUUUUACGAUGUCGAUGGGUUUCUCAAGGAGGAUGCUGCUGCUAAUAUGAGCAGCCCGUUGGGAGGCCAAGGGAGGCGGUUUCGACGGAUGCAGGGGUCAUUGUCUCACCGGGACUAA